UAUGAAUGAAAGAAUCCAACCUCAGAGCGCAGCGGAGUAAUUCCGGGAAAAGGCGGACUGACAUUUUGUCGCCAGAGUCGCGUCGAAUCAGCAGAGUCUGAAUCUGUUUGAAGAGCCGAAGAAAAUCGGAUCAUGACGACAGAGAGGAGCAACAAAGCCCUGAAGGUGAAGCAGGAGUGCGGGGAGAACGUUCCCUUCCUGUCGGACAGCGAGCUGAUGUCGCUCUCCGUGCGGGAGCUGAACCUCCACCUGCGGGGCCUCUCCCGCGAGGAGAUCCAGAAGCUGAAGCAGCGCCGGCGGACCCUGAAGAACCGCGGCUACGCAGCCAGCUGCCGCGUCAAGCGCGUCUCCCAGCGGGAGGCGCUGGAGCAGCAGAAGAUGGAGCUGCAGAGGGAGGUGGAGCGGCUCGGCGCCGAGAACGCCGGAAUGAGGAAGGAGCUGGAGGGGCUGGGCGCGCGGCUGGCCGCCCUGCAGCGGUUCGCCCGCGGCCUGGAGGCCGGCGGCGGCACGCUGCUGGCCACGGCGCCGCGCCUCAACACCGCCUCCGUCAUCACCAUCGUCAAGAGUCCGCAGCAGCCGCAGCAACAGAGAGAGCAGGAGCCGUCCUAGGGCAACCGGAACCAGAACCAGAACCCGGGGACGCGAGGGGGCGGGGUCAGGUGGUCUGCAAUGCAAACACACACAGAGGCGUGGAAAUUCAGAACAAACACACAGGAUGCACUGACUGGAUCAGUAGGACAAUACUAAACAUGCUGUCUGCACCUUUUUCACGUUAAGCGGAAGUGAUUUACCUCAGUGCAGUAAAGUGUGCGUCGUUGCCUAGCAACAGCAGCUUAGCUGUUCUAUCCAGGAGCAGAAAGUCACCUGUCCUCGCUGCACCUGAACCGGACCGACCCAGAGUUACUGUACCGCAUUGCUGCUGACAGGAAGUGGGCGGUUCCUCAGCGCAAACUCUGAUUGGCUCGAUCCAGCAACAGAAACUGCAACUGUCGAUCCAAUACCAAGUAAAUACCGGGCCAAGGUACCGGUACCGAUAGUUUCUGUUACCAUCAGCUGUUUUUGUUGUUUUACAUUUGAAUUAUGUCAUUAAAAGUCAAGACAGAAUUUGGACAAAAUGUAAAUUUGUCUACAAAAUACUUUCAUAAUAUAUUAUGAACAGAAACAGUAUGAAACAAAAUAACUUUGUGCUUUUCCCCAAAACAAUGUGCAAAAUAUUAGAAUUUGAAAACAAAUCACAACAAAAUUUUAUUUGAGAAACUACAAUAAACAACAUUUCAACAAGAAAUUUGAAACUAAAGCAUCGAUAUUAUUGAUAUUUUGGACCGAUCUGCUCACCUGCUGCUUUAAAUAUGUUUUAAAUAAUUUUUGUUUUAUUUCUGUACUAUUUUUUAACUACUUAUUCCAGUUUCACUUUAUUUCAGAAAUCAGAACGGAUUUUGUUUAUGUGUCACAGCAACUUUAGGACUAAAAAUCACUGUCCAUUUUUAUUUAUAUAUGCUGAAGCUCUUAUUUUGAAAUUAGACCAGAAGACUUAAUUCCAAUCACAGAGAAGUAAGCUAGCGAUCGCUAAGCUAAAGUCAAAAGAACGUGAAAUGACACUUUAAUUUCGUCCAAUCAGGUGAGCCCUUUGUUUUUUGGAAACACCUACUUCCUGUCUGAAGUUCUGGGUUCUGUCACAUUCUGAUCCCACCCUCCAGAGUAGCAGUGGAUAUUAGCUUAGCAUUAAAGAUGCGCCUGGAAGUCUUCCUGGGUUUCCUUCCCCCGCUGUCCUCCUCCAUCAUGGCGGCCAUCAACGCAGUGCCUUCGGUUCACGCAGAACCCAAACAAAGAAAAGCAGAAGCUAUCCACUCCUCCUUUCCUGUUUUAGAGCCGUGGCACUUUCAGAAUGACUGCUGUGGAUUUUCUAGGUUUUCAGGCCUACAACACACACACACACACACACACAAACAUCAAUCAUUUCAUAAAUGUGCAGUAACUUGGGUUCAGUCAGUUCAGUUUCAGUACUAACAGACUUUAUCUCCUGCUUGGUUCGGACCCGGGUCACUCCUUCUCGCCUCAAUGCAAAUCCUCUGAAACAUUCCAGUUUUGUGUUAUUUGUAACGUCUGUAUGUGCUGCAGAGACGAAAAUGUUGAGUGACAUUUUUAAGAGAUAUAUAUUCUAUAUUUUAUUUGUAUUUAAAGGUAGAUAUUCUGAAAAGACAAGCUAACGAGUGCUGUGAUGUUCUACAUGUUUUCAAAAGUACUUAUGACUAGUCUGAGAAGAUUCUCAUGUCUAAUUAUUAUUACUGUGUUUGUGGCGACAAAGAUUACAAAACGUUAAUGAUUAGCUGCGUAGAAAUACUCAAAGCCAAUGGCCAUAUUGAUGUAUGAUUAUUUUUCUGUGUGUUUGUGUUUUAUUCCCAUAUUUGUACCAGCUUGUCGCAGCAGAUUCCAGGAGGGACAUUUAUUUUUCUACGAUGAUUGUUUAAAAAAAGAAGAAGAAGAAGAAAAUCUGGGGAGGCAGAAAGCUAAAGAAAGAUGGCAGAAGAGAUGGAAACAGAAAGUAGAGGCUGGAAGAGAAAGUGCAGAGAGGACGGCUGGUUGACUUGAAAUGUUUAGGCCACUGAAUAUUCAUAGCAAUAUAGAUAUGAGUAGGAAUUAUAACACCAACCAUGCUGCAGAGUAAGACAUGUUUAGCUAAGUAUGAGCAUUUAUUCCCGAUAUCUUAACGUUCUUCCAAUCUUGCUGGAUGUUUUGUAAUACCUGCAAAACAAAAAUGGUAUUUGUAUUUAUUACCUGUAUUUUUUCUAUUGUGAAAAUUUAAGUACAUUGUCUAUUUUAUAUAUUAAUUAUAAUAAAUGUUGUACAUAUUGUACAUAAAACAGC